AUGGAGGGGGGCGGGAUGGGGUCGCCGAUGACCGAGAAGCGCAGGGCUGGUAUCGCCAAGGUCAAGGAACUCUGGCGCCAGAAGGGCAAGGGUGGCAACGUGGACAAGAAGGCGUGGACCAUCUUUCUUUCGUCGGGCCGCUCCUUCGAGGAACUCUUUCUCGGAGACUCGUCCGACUCCUCCAGCGACGACAACAGCCACCAUGACCAGUACUGGGACCCGGCGUGGAUGAAGGACGAGAACGAGGAGCGCAACCGGAGACGGUGGGAGCGCGAGGAAAGCCAGCGCGAGCAGGAGUGGCGGCGUAAGCAGGAGGAGCGAAAGAGAGCCGAGCGGGAGGCCUUCAUGCUGUGGAGCAAGCGAUGGGACGAGCGCAAUCUCGCCCUGCGGCAGGGUCGCACACCCCGCGGCCGAUCGGCCCCGAAGCCUGCUAAGAACGGAAGCGACGAGCAGCCUGAGGAAUGA